GUGAAAUAUCGGCGGCGUAUUCUUCCACGUUGGCCAUGCGACCGACGGGGAGCAGAGACAUCUCGAUAAUUUGGACGAGUUUCCUGAUGAAAAUAGUUGGAUUGUGGUUGGCGGCCGAUCGGUGCGAGCAACGUCGAAGAGAUUUCGCGUUGAUCUACACCGUUGGGGCGCUUUUCAUUAUCGUGUGCAUCGGUUUCAGGGAUAUUUACUUCACUUGGGGAAACUUUAGCGACAGCGUUUAUAUCUCUUGCAACAAUCUCUACCUGAUGAUCGUCGUCCUCAAGGUCAGCGUGUUGUACGCCCACAAAAUGGAGUUUUUCAAUCUGGUCACAUUCACGCGCAAGAAUUUCUGGCGCCCGUAUCGCGACCCAGAAGAAAAAUUAAUCUUAGCCGAAUGCAAGAGGAUAUGCACCAUUUUCGUCGUUGUUAUUAGCUUCUGCGCUCAAGGCACUUGCACCGGUUACAUGGUCACCCCGAUAAUAGCAAACAUAGGAAAGAACGAAUCGAACAGAGAAUUGCCGUUCAACUUGUGGGUCGAUUUCCCCGUAGGAUUGUCGCCUUACUUCGAGAUCCUUUUCACGAUACAGAUACUUUGCGUGUACCACGUCGGCGUGUGUUACAUCUGUUUCGACAAUUUACUGUGCAUCGUGAAUCUCCACGUGGCCGGCCAAUUUCGUAUAUUGCAACACAGGCUGAGAAGCUUGAGCAGCGCCGAGCCAGGCGAUCGCAGAGACGCGAGAAAACUUUACGCGAAGUUGAAGAGCUGCGUGCUUCACCACCAAGCGUUGACCAAAUAUUGCAAACAAUUGGAAAAUAUAUUCACGAUAAUCGUGCUCGGCCAAGUUCUGUUCCUCGCCGUUGUGAUAUGCCUCGUGGGAUUUCAAUUAUUUCUGAUGGACACGCCCGCCUCGAGAAAAGUCAGUUUAGUGUUGAAUUUCGCCGGCACCCUCUGCCAACUUUUAAUGUUCACGUACAGUUGCGACGAUUUGAUACAGGAGAGCGUGAAAGUGGGCAACGCGAUAUUCUCGGGGCCUUGGGCGAGCUUGCCAAUGGACGAAGUUGGACGCGUUCUGCGAAAAAAUCUGGUAAUCGUCAUCAUGAGAUCGCACAGAGUUUGCUGUUUGACAGCCGGCAAAUUUUUCCCCGUUUCUCUCGAAACCUCUACCGCGGUAAUCACGACUGUAUUUUUCUUAUUGGUAAAACAGAUAAUUAAAUAUUCUCGAGUAAUCGCGUCCUCAAUUUUUUUUCUUCUCAGAUUAUUCGAAGGAAUGACUUCGAAGAAGGUGAGAGAUCUCUCGAUCACCGUCAUGACUUUUUACAUGAAGAUCGUUGGGUUUUGGUUGGCGAGCAAUUACGUGGAGGAACGUCGAAGAAAUUUGACCAUAAGUUACACGUUCUUCGCUGUCUUCUUCGCCAUGGCGACCGAGGCCAGGGAUCUCUACUUCACUUGGGGCAAUUUUAGCGAUAGCAUUCUGAUCAUAUGCAAUCUCGUAACGGUGAUUCUGGUUCUAUUCAAGAUUUCCAUUUCGUUGGUGUACAAAAGCGAGCUGCUCAAGAUAAUACAAUACGCGAAAACGAACUUUUGGAAUUUAAAGUACGACAUGCACGAGCAAAUAAUUGUGAACACCUGCAAGCGUUACUCCACCUUCUUCGUUUGCAUUUUCACCUUCUUCUCUCAAGGGACAGUCGUCUCUUUCGUAAUAAGGCCGCUUAAAGAAAAUGUAGGGAAAAAUGAAACGGAGAGAAUACAUCCAUUUAAUUUGUGGCUCGGUGAAUCAUGGUACACGACACCUUACUUUGAAAUGGUGUUUAUCAUGGAGAUAUUGUCUUUGUAUCACGUUGGCGUAUGCUACCUCUAUUUCGACAAUUUUAUGUGUAUAAUAAACCUGCACAUUGCCGGUCAGUUUCGCAUAUUGCAACAUCGAUUUUCAAACGUGUGCAACGAAAAAUGCAACGAAAAGUGUUGUUGCCAACUUUCGGAAAAAUCACCGUACAGCGUAUGCAAAUACGCCAAGCUGAAAACUUACAUUCGACAACAUCAAACGCUUAUCGAAUAUUGCAGAAAACUCGAGAUAGUAUCGAAUCUCAUAAUAUUUGGACAAGUGUUGCUUUUCAGCUUGUUAAUAUGCCUCGACGGAUAUUUAAUACUUAUGGAAGAUACCUCUCUCAUGAGUCGUCUAAUUUUCACGUUUCAUUUAACGGCUUGCAUGUGCCAACUAUUGAUGUUCACGUAUAGUUGCGAUUGCUUGAUACGUGACAGUACGAACGUGGCCAACGCUACGUACAACAGUUUAUGGUCGUUCAUGCCGAUGGACAAAUACGGGAAAAUGUUACGAAAAGACUUGAUACUCGUUAUCAUGAGGUCGAAAUCACCGUGUUACCUCACCGCCUUGGGAUUCUUCCCUGUCUCGCUCGAGACGUACACCAGCAUUCUGAGCACGGCUGUAUCCUACUUCACCCUGCUGAGGAAUCAACACGCGGAGCAAGCAACAAUAGAUGUGUAAAUAAGUUGAAAAAUCAAUGUUUCCAUGUUGAAGAGAGAACGGAAUAAAACAAGUUUUAUUCUUAAAAGUAUCUUUUUCUACGUGAUGAUCAAAUAUAACAGUUAAUCGUUCAAAAAUGAAACGAAAGAGAUUAUAUAAAUUCAUGGUCUAUUUUUCGUUUACAGGACGCAUAAGAGUUUGCGUUUUCUUUUCCAGAAGAAAUCACAGGUUAAACGAAGAAACUUCUCUCUUACACUUUUCAAUAAUAUCUCGUUCCUUUGCAUAAAUUUCGAAAAAAUGAAAUGGACAUUUACCUCGUUACACGACGAUUCCACAGAGAUCGGACAGAAUUACACACACGCACACACAUACAUAUAUACCUCUCGAAGCAGUCAUUCGCAGAAUGACUAGUGUACUUUUCGAAACGAUCGAUAACAAACUGGUGUAUCGGCAAACGAUAGGUGUGACAAUCGCGCGACGCCUACCUUUGAAUCAUGCAUGUCACAAAUCGAUGAAACGUUCCCGCAUCUUCCUCCCCUGGCACCUAUUCAUUUCACCACCUAAUCUAAUGAUGGAGUGUCUCGUCACAUCAAAGCGGUGUCAACUCGAAUCCCACAACUCGCCCGCAACUUUUUGAAUUCGUGUCGAAUCUGUCGCGUGACUUAGAAAAAAAAAAAAAGAAAAGAAAAGGAAAAGAGAUUCGAGGGAAAGGGUGGAAAAGAAGAA